CGUCCGUCGUACAUUAUUGGCACACACUCUCAUAUUGCGAAUCGCAUGCAGUCACUAGUCAGUUUCUAAGAAAUUACAUAUUGUGGAAGUUGUCACGGUGAAUGUUGUGAUGCUGGAGACGUAUUUAAAAAAAAUGUAUUAAACGCGUAAACAGUCUUUGAUUUCGUUGAUCUGUGGAACGAUAGCAUUUGGAACCUAUAGUCUCGACAGGACACAUCAGUUUUCGUCGUAUUUUGCUGUGCUGUGGUGUUUUUGUGUUGGCAGAUAUUCAGUCGACUUUCUGUAGUGCGACAACAGCAGAACAACCAUUGCUCGUGUGUGGUGGUGGUACUGCACGAAGUACCCAUUAUUGUGUUCAGCUGAGUGCAACAAUGAUCGGCAUAAUUUGUGACCAAGCGGACGUGGGAAUAGUGUAAAUUCAGGUGCAACAAUGGAUAACAAUUGACCAGUGUAAAUACAGAAUGAAUGCUGUUAGUGUGUGGUCGGAAUGGAUUAAUACUUCCGCAGUAAAAUAGCAACUGAUUCCUUUUGUUGGCUGUAAUUUGCGGUGUGAAAAACUAAACCCAGCAGAGGAGUCGGGGAUCCUACCACGUUACUCUGCGGUUUCACUCGUGCUCGUUGCUCAACUUCAAAACUGUUUGAUGAGUUGCGACUCGGAUUUAAUUAUUGACAAAAUGCCUUUAUUAAAAUCAGAUCCAGAGGAGACCCUUGAGGUGGUGACUCCCAAUCCGAAGUCUCUGGUGCAGAGAGUGGAAAUUCCUGCAAACUUCCAAGAAAUCGACACGGAUGCCAAGAAAUCGUCGCUGGGGUGUUCAACGGUCAAAUAUGGGGAGCUAGUCAUCCUAGGGUAUAAUGGGUGUCUACCAUCAGGCAACAGAGGGAGACGGCGCAGUCGUUUCGGUCUAUUCAAGAGAGAAACAGCAAAUGGCGUCAAGCCAGAUAGGCAGUACGAGGUCAGCCCCCAGAAAGGGGGACAGGGCCCCAAGAAAGGCAAACACACAAUUGCCUACACAUUAUCAAGGCACCAGACAGUGGUCGUUGAAUAUUCAUCGGAUCAGAGCACAGACAUGUUUCAGAUUGGACGCUCCACAGAACCUGUCAUUGAUUUCGUUGUCAUGGAUACCGUACCUGGCGCCAAAUCCCAGGAAGAAUGCACCGUAGCAGAGAGCACAAUAUCCAGAUUCGCCUGCCGUAUCAUCUGCGAUCGGGAGACGCCGCACACCGCCAGGAUUUAUGCGGCGGGAUUCAACUCGGGCAACAAUAUAUUCCUCGGGGAGAAAGCUUGCAAAUGGAAAACGGAGUUUGGUAUGGAUGGAUUGACGACUAACGGAGUCCUUAUCAUGAGACCACGAGGAGGUUUCCAGUCUGAUGCUAGACCGGGCGUCUGGCGAGAAGUCUCCGUAGGGGGAAAUAUUUAUUCAUUACGGGAAACCAGAUCGUCGCAACAAAAAGGAAAGCUGAUCGAUGAUGAGAAUAAUAUUCUUGAAGACGGCACGUUAAUUGAUCUUUGUGGUGCUACGUUACUAUGGAGAUCAGCAACAGGGCUGCUGAAAACACCGACCCAGAAGCAUCUUGAGCUGUUACGUCAGGGCAUCAAUGACACCAGACCUCAAUGUCCGAUCGGCUUCAACACCCUGGUCCUUCCCAAACACAGACAUGCUUCCAAGCAAAUUGUUGAUGAGAACUCCAAGCAGCCUUAUGCAUACCUAAAGUGCGGUCACGUCCACGGUUAUCACAUGUGGGACAGUAAGAGCACGCAACAGAAAACAGAGAGAACUUGUCCGAUGUGUCGAGAGGCUGGUUCCUAUGAGCCCCUCAUCAUGGGUAAUGAGCCCAGCUUCUAUGUGGAUUCUGGGAACCCUACGCAUGCAUAUGUACCCUGUGGUCACGUGUGUUCAGAAAAAACAGUCAAAUACUGGUCCCAGGUUCCCCUACCCCACGGCACCCAUGCAUUCCAAGCUGCCUGUCCAUUCUGUGCAAUGCCACUGUGCGGGGAUACCGGUUACAUCAAGCUCAUCUUUCAGGAGGCCAUCGACUAGAUCUUGGAAUCAGUUCAAGAAACCACCCCCCCCCCCCCCCUCAUCAAGAAUUCAUCAGGUUGAAGAGAGAGAGAAAGAAGUAUGAACAUGGAUAAGCAAUCAGCUGGGGCCAAGUUCGCGCAAGGACUAUUGUUGACCACAGUGUGACUACGUUAGCCCUAACUUGUGUAUAGUCGAUGAUAAUUGGACUACGCUAGUCGACUAUUUGGAACCAGCCUACCAGGCAUGGUUGCAUCGCUGGUUACCAAUAGUUGUUUUCAUAGCACAGUGCAGAGUGGACCAGUUGUAACAAAAUUAUAGCGUGCGUUAAGAUGCCGGUCGCCCUGACAUGACAAGACAAGAGUCGUUCGCACUUCAACUUCUGUGCGCAUCACAAUUGUCGCUAAACAACCACUCGUUAACCAUUGAUCCAUGUUGUGUCUUUAUAUUUGGAUGGGUAUGCUUGCAAGGCGACAGCUGAGGACGUGAUUCCCCAUCAAGCUGAAUUAGUGUGCAUCGCUAGCAUUGUUGCUCUGCCAUUAUUGAAAAGUCAACGCAAACACCUCCCUUAUAUCAUCUUGAGUGUUGAGAGUUGAAUGUGAGCCAAAAUAUAGGUUCAAUUCAAAGUCUAUGCCUGUCUCCUUCCUGAAACCGUCACUCACAAAAAGAAUUUUUUAAGAUGUGAUUAUAAAGGACGAUGUCAGAAAAUAUUAUGCUUACAAUAAAGGGGGAAAUUUUCUUGUUAAAGACAGGGCCCAAUUUCAUAGAUCUGCUUUAGGCAGAAAAUACUGCUUAAAAAAAUGCCUGCUUAGCAGUAAUUAGCUGGCAACCUUAUUCUGGUUAGCAUAAUCUUGUUGUACUUAGCAUGUUUGUGCUUAAGCAGCUCUAUGAAAUUGAGCUAAGGUUUGAGAAUGCUUUGGUCUCUCACUCAGCCAGGAUGUCCACUAAUAGACUCCCUUCACAUUAUGAGAUUCUGUACACUGAUCAAACCAAAGAUUAAUAAAUCUUUUUUUUUUAUCUCACAAAGAUUGAUACCUUAAUACAUGUAAUCAAAACAACUGUAUUGUACUAACACCCUCAGAAGAAUGUCUCUUAGUGCACAGAAGAACAAAAAGAUAAAGUAUGUGAUGAUGAAAUUCCAACAAUCUGAAGAGAUAGCUGUUCUUGACAGGUUGUGUUGAUCAUGCACGACACCACUUUCGUAUAAUCUACUUUUGUAAAGUUUUUGUAAAACAAAUUCAUGACACCUUUUGCUGACCAAUCCUGCUUUUUUCACCUCACCUCAUGUUUACUUUUUGCUGGUAAACUGCCCCCAUCCACACCACCAAUCCCCCUCAAAAUAAAACUUACGUAAACAAAGUAAAUGAUAUUGUAUUUGGUCGCGUACCCUGCAUGCAAUAAUGAUAUGACUCUCUGAUUCUCCUGAUACCCAAGGGGUGCCAGACUACAUCCUUGUCCAGUGCUGAUUGUUAAGUAUUUGAAUAAGAAUGUAAAGGCUGCACCAUGAUGGACAAAGGUGAAAAGUCGGUCACUAUAUCACCUUACCACAGAUGUUGAGACAAACUGUAUGUAUAUUAAAUGAAUAUUGGGCAAGCCAUGUAAAUGUUUUGGACAUAAUAAUAAUGAUGUAUUAAUAUAACAAAUUUUAAGAAAAGCACUGCAAGAAAUGAUCUCUGUUGCUAUUACCUCAAACAUAUUCUGUCUUUAAGAAAAACAAAAAAAAAUAUUUAUUUUUCGUAUGUGGCAUACAAACAGUUUUUGGUCAUUUCGCAGUAACGCAUGUACAUGUACAUGUAACUUUGGCAGUAACAGUGUACAACAAAUGUGUUGGGGACGAGUGUUGUUUGGACUUGAAAUUAUCCCGAUGUCAGUUACAAGUGUGAUUUUGUCAUCUUGAAUAACAUGGAAUAUACUAAAUGAUGUCUGGUAAUUUUAGCAUACACUAACCACACUGUUGGCAAUAUGGGCUAUGUGUCAGUGAGUAAUACGGGCAUUCAAAACUUUGAAUCCUCCAAAAUGUUCAUGAAUUUAUGAUAUUUUUUUUUGUAAAUGUAGCAGUGAUUGAAAGAAAAGCAGUAUUAUCAUGACAGUUUGUUUAAAUAGCUCUUUCAGAUCUCUAUAAAUGACUUCUGUUUUGAGGUGCAGGUUUUUAAACUUGUUGCCAAAUUGGCAGAGAUUUUAACCCCUGUACGGUACAUCCUUACAAAGAGGAAUAGUGUUUCAAUUAGUUUUGACGUCAAGGUAAAUAAAGUAUUGGAUAUUUAUUUUGCAUUGGCAGAGCUGUCAUUUCUCCCUGAUUCUGCAGAAAGUUUCCUGAAAAUUUACCAAAUGCUGCCAAGUCUGUUGUGCACCCAGCUUAAAGCCAUUGGACCAUUUCGGUAAACAGUAUUGUCCAAGGCCCACAUUUCGUGUCACAACUUCUAUAUAA